UGGGUAGGCUGAAAUGUUCACAUUGCUUGUGAAUCUCUGUAAAAGUUUCUAUCUUUUUCCACCCGUGGGAAGUUUGGAUCAUGGAACACGGGUCAAGAAAGGCUUGUAAAAGGCAUGUGAGUUUUACCCAGAUGGAAUAGGUGUGUAGGUGGUGCUUCGAAACGACAAAAGAUACACAGAGAGCGGGGGAAGAGGGGAGGAAAGGGGAGAAGAUUAAGAUGCAAGAAUGCGCCUAGCCCAACUUUUUUUUGUGUUGUGGUGCACUAAAACUUGUUGUAGGAUGUCCCAUCGAGAUAACAGGCGGGUCCCUCCUUGCUUGAAUCUCAACUUCCGACGUAUAUAUUGUUGGUGUGUUUUCCUGGAUUCAACAGCAUUAUAAUGUGAAGGAGAGAUUGAUAUAUAGAUGUCACGGAGAGAGUAUGUUUUGGCAUAGCAAUGCUUGGAAUUAUCAUUAGGUUGCAUGACAGAGCAAGAGCGAGAGUAAGAGUAAGAGCAAGGAGAAGAGAGAUUCAUGAGGGGUUAGCAGCAGAAGUUGUCUAAGUGAGCCAAGUGGGUCUUUGGCCUUGGCCUUGGCCUUAGUCUUCUCCAUUGCUAUGGCUAUGGAUAAGAGAACCAGAAGAACAGCAGCAGCAAUGUACCAAAACUAUGGGCUACUUAUGUUGAUGGUAAUUAGUGAAAUGUUGAUCAGCAGGGCUGUAGCUGGAAGGCCCUCCACAGCAUUUGAUUUGGAUGCAGCUGAGGUGAAUAGAGUGAGAGAGCAGGAGCAGCUGCAUCUCAAUAUUGAGAAGCAUCUCAAGCACCUCAAUAAGCCUGCUGUUAAAAGCAUUAAGAGCCCGGAUGGAGAUACUAUUGACUGUGUGCACAUUUCGCACCAGCCGGCUUUUGAUCACGCACUUCUCCAAAACCACACCAUUCAGAUGAAGCCAAAUGGCAUUCCAGAUGGGCUUUUUAAAACUGGCAAGGCAGCGAGGUCCAAUGGUCCUGCCAUGCCGCAACUGUGGCAUGCCAAUGGAAGGUGUCCUUCAGGAACAGUCCCCAUUCGCAGGACUCAUAAACAAGACAUUCUCAGAGCAAAAUCUAUUGAGAGUUUUGGCCGAAAAAAGAAUCAAGUUUCAAGGCCUGUUGAGCCCAAGUCUGCAGAUCCUGAUUUACUAAAUGAGAGUGGGCAUCAGCAUGCUAUAACAUAUGUUGAAGGAGACAAAUACUAUGGAGCUAAAGCUACCAUAAAUGUAUGGGAGCCUAAGACUCAGCUUUCAAAUGAGUUCAGCUUAUCUCAGAUUUGGAUUUUGGCUGGUUCUUUUGAUGGAGAUUUAAACAGUAUUGAAGCAGGAUGGCAAGUUAGCCCAGAUCUAUAUGGGGACAACAAUACAAGGCUAUUUACAUAUUGGACCAGUGAUGCUUAUCAAGCUACUGGAUGCUACAACUUGCUUUGCUCAGGAUUUAUACAAAUAAGUAGUGAUAUUGCAAUGGGGGCUAGCAUAUCUCCUGUUUCAAACUACGGUGGCUCACAAUAUGAUAUCAGCAUCCUCAUUUGGAAGGAUCCUAAGGAAGGGAACUGGUGGAUGCAAUUCGGAAAUGAAAAUGUUUUAGGAUACUGGCCAGCACCGCUAUUUUCCUACCUAGCAGACAGUGCCAGCAUGAUUGAAUGGGGUGGCGAGGUUGUUAAUUCUGAACCAGAUGGUCAACAUACUUCCACUCAGAUGGGUAGUGGUCAUUUCCCAGAUGAAGGUUUUGGCAAAUCUAGUUACUUCCGCAACAUCCAAAUUGUGGAUGGCUCAAAUAAUUUAAGAGCACCAAAAGGAUUAGGCACCUUCACUGAACAAUCCAAAUGCUAUAAUGUCCAGAAAGGCUACAACAGUGACUGGGGAAACUAUUUCUACUAUGGAGGACCUGGGAAAAAUUCCGAUUGUCCUUAGAAAUAUGUCCACAAGGGCAUUCACCUUGUACCAUUGUAAAAUUUCUAAAACAAUUGUAUCGUAUCUGUCCUACCAUGGCUGCAGACAUUCCUUUCUCCCUUUGAGUACCAUGUAUAUUCUCUUGCUCAGAGAUUGUAGAUGGUGUGUCCCUGUGAUAGUAGUCUUUAUUUCUUAUCCUAUUUUGCCUCUUUUUGCAUAAUAUUGUGGGCAAGUUCAUACCAAAACAAAGAACUGCCCUUUUAACUGUAUGAAGGAUAUUACUAUGGUUUCUUGUAACUCGUGGUUCUGUGUAAUACACUACUCUGGUCAAUUGAAGCCUUUUCAGGGUAUUAUUUGAGAUGCCA